AUGUCAAACAAGGGCAGUAAUAACUUGACAAAACUCAAGUAUUUACUCGUCUUGCUCACAUCACACGAUGAAGUUAAAGAAUUACUGAAGAUCAAUCUCAAGCAGCUUGAAAAGCAUGAUCUAGUUGCAUUGGAGGAAGUGCAGUUGAAGUUGUGGAAGAUGAGUGGCUUAUUAUCGACUGUAGAACAGUCAUUUUAUGAGAACGACACAACAGGAAUACUAAAAGUCACCAUAAAGGCAGCUAGAAACUUCAACAGAUGGUUUCUAUUGUUGUUUGGAUCGUUGGGCGUAAUAUUUAAGAUCUUAAGAAAGUUGAAUAUUGCAAAUUCUAGAAGAAAUUUAAUGUUCAAUGAUCGGGUGAAUUUGCUAAAAUUUUCUACAUCACUGGGUCUCUUAUUUUCAGUUAAACCAUUGUUCAACAAGAUUCUUGACAUUUUCGCAGAGAGCUAUUUAAAAGUCACUGAGAAGCAAAAGUUUCUUUUCAAUUCAGUCGUUUCCAGUCUAUUCACAUCAGUGGUGUCAUUUGCCCUGUAUCCCAGUAAAAUAUAUUACCAAAAGAAUUAUGCAUCAAUAUAUUUUACGGUAUUAAUGGUAGAGUAUGGCUAUAAGUUCUUGGAACAGGUUUACCCCGACCAAUUUUCCAAAGAGACAUCCUCUAUAUACGUUAUCAAGGAUUCUGAUAUGAAAGACACAGACAACGCUGAAUUCGAAGAUCAACCAGAAAAUAGUUGUUUCAUUCGUAGGCUCAAAGCGCUAAAAAGUGUUCCAAAGAGAGACAAACUCUUACGUUCAUGGUAUCUAUUCCCAUUAUGUUACUCGCAGAUUUUCAAGUCGUUUAUCAUGGAUUACGAGAACUGUCCAGUAUAUUUCAGGAACAUCUUAAACUUUAUGGGUGAAGGCCUAUUAGUCAAAAGAGGAACUUCUCGCAUGGUUUCAUCUGGUGAUAUGGUCAAAUCUUUCUAUGAACUGGAAAGCAUAAUUGGUAAGAAUAGCAUGAAAAAUCGAUUUGCAUUUGAUCUGAGAAACUUUCUGUUGCGAUAUUUGCCAAGAAAAUACACGGUAGUCCUUGAAUACCUCUUUCCAUUUUUCUUCUUUAUGAACUUGAGACUUAGCACGGAAGAAUUGGAACAGCUGAAAGCGGCUAGCAAAUGGAAGUAUUACAAACAGAUAGUCAUAAAAAGCGUAAAAGAAAGUCUCAAACUCUCCUUGACUGUUGUUACUGUGUCAUCCACGUCGUUGUUGAUGUCAUAUUACACAAGAAAAGGGCGAAAUCCAUCCAUGUCAUGGAUAUGGAGGUCACUCACCAAAGUACCACUCAUGUUCAGACUGCAUAUAAUUGGGCUACUUUCUGGGUUUUUAGUCGCAUUUUAUUCCAAAAGACCUGCUCAAGAUUCCAUAGAUCUGGAUAUUGAGCAAGAGUCAAACUUGGAAGCAACUGCGACUUAUAGAUCGAUAUGGUUAUACAUCUUGAGAAUGACUCUGAUUUCAUCAAUGACCAAGCACAAUUCAAAUGAAAAGAAACACAACUUUUUCACUCUUGAUAAGAUACUGCUAACUCUAAGUUUCACUGGCUUAAUAUCCAUAAAAGAUAGCAUCAACUUGAAAAAAGCCGAGUUGCCAGAAGGCUUAUCGAAUAACAUUUUUGGUUCCAAAAAGUGGCUGAGUGAUUCCCUUGAUGUGAUAAGCGACGGAAGUACACUCACAAUGUAA